AUUAAUUACAGUAAUGUACUGGAUAUCCUGUGUUGUAUCCAGGUGACUUUGUGGUGCUGUUACUGGUGUGUCGUCAAGCUCUGGUGUUCCGGAUAGAGCAGCGUCACGAUGGCCACGAGUACGCAGGAGGCACCAACAAACGCAUAAUUGACGAUGUAGAAAGGUCUGGCUUCGUAAACCCUGUCCCCGACUUUAUAUCACAUGCCAGAUCAUGGUUGGAUAUAAUCAAAAGGAUGAUUUUGUCCGCUUUCAUCUGGUUCACUCUAGCUAUCGUAUUCUUGGCUGGUACCAACCGUGUAAAUAUCUUCUCCUUGGGCUACCUGAUUGGUGCCUUCAUUUUCCUCUGGCAAGGCAACGACCUUUAUCUCAGACCGGUCAAGGUUAUACUACGAUGGUGGAGUUUCUUGAUCAGAUACAGUGUGACAGUGAUACUGAUAAAGGCCAUGCUGCAAAUCCUCGGCUGCAUCUUCCUGCGUGAAAUGCAGGACCAUGCAUGCUGGGCUGUCCAACUGUUUGGAGGUGCUGAAUUAAUCGAAGAACUGAGCCACAAACAGAUCCAAGAACAGCUUGAAGCGGAACGCAAGAUCUUGGAAAAGAUUAAGUAUAAAAUGGGACAGGAUCAAAGCAUCGCAGCAGAAAGUACAGGGGCCAAGCUACAAGGAGCCGAGCAGCCAUUUUAA